ACGUGCUUAUGCCCUGGGACAACCUUGCUUGGGAGCUAAGCGACGCCAGAGCAGAUGCUUGGGAGAGGGCACAGGACUGCAGGCAGUGUAGCAUUGAAAUGAUCCUGGCUCCCUCCCAUUCCCAACGGGUCAUGAGGGUUUUGUUUUUUUACUUGGAGCGGUACAUCAAUUGGAGUACCAUAGUUUUACUUGGGCAUGUGUGGGCGGAGAGUAUGUUCAACAAGGUAUAACAGCAGCAGGCUCCCCUAUGUCUAACUACCGCCCCAAGCACGGCAUGAUCCUAGAUCAUGCCAUUUGCCAAACGCUUGUUGAUUAUGGUGGACUCGACUUCGAAGAUGAGGUGUCGGAGAUGGCAACAAGAAAUAUCUUCACUUGGCUUCCCGGUGGCUGAAAGAGCCAUUCGUCAACACGAGUGGAUCGACAACUUGCAGUCGGAUGAUGACAGCCCAAUCGAGGGAGAUAGCCUUUCUGUGUUUGCAGGCGGAGCGUUGGUUGCUAGGACUGUCAACGCAUAGGUCCAACUCGAUAUGAAAAAGGCCUCGUAGCGGAUCAAGAUAAGCUGUGACGGUGAGCAGACCUCGUGAGGGCAUUAAGGCGUCUUCAACACCCAAGGGUGCAUGUUCUCAAUAGGGUCUGCAGGAG